AUGACGAGUGCUGAAUUACAUGCACUGUUAACAGCAGGAUUUAGUACAGUCAGUGGAUCAACAAUGUUGUCGUACAUCAAGUUAGGUGUUGAUAAGGUGCACAUUGUCACAUCGGCCAUCAUGUCGAUACCAUCAGCUAUAUCUAUCUCUAAUAUGAGAAUGCCAGAGGUGGAGACACCACUGUUUGCUAACACGGUGGUGGUGGAUAGAGGAGAUGCCGAGUAUAAGGAGCAAGGUAAUUGGAUUCUUGCCUUUUCGAAUGGAGCGAAACUUGGAAUAUAUGUUGCAGGAUUAAUCCUGACGAAUAUUCUAUGCGUUUUGGCGUUGUUAUAUGCGUUUGAUGGCUUUUUGACGUGGAUUGGACGGUCAUUCUCGAUUCAUGAUCCAACGCCGUUGACUUUAGAGUUGAUAUUGAAGUACGUCUUCUACCCGAUUAGUUGGUUGAUGGGUACACCUUCAGCGGAUGUACUAAAGACAGCAAAUCUGCUGGGAACCAAGGUGAUAUCGAAUGAAUUCGUUGCAUAUCAACAGUAUAAGGAUAUGCAAGAUCCAUCAUCACCCUCAUAUGACCCAUUCACCAAACGUGGAUCUACAAUUACAGAGUUUGCGCUAUGUUCAUUUGGCAAUGUAGCAUCAGUUGGUAUACAAAUAGGUGUGAUAUCAGCACUAGCGCCAUCAAAGAAGAAGGAUGUUUCUAGGCUGGUAAUAUCAGCGCUGUUCUGCGGAAUAAUAUCGACAUGCCAAACAGCAGCGAUUGCAGGGUUCCUUUCAUAG